AAGUUUUACUGUGCUAACUAAUGUAGCACUUAUACUUGUUGCAGCUCAAUGGAGUCAGAAAUUAAAUAACGGCAACAUUUCUUCGUUUUGUAUAAGUGGGCCUCCACCAGGCUGAAGGAGCCGCCACGGAAAUGGCCAGCCUGAAUUGGAAGCCGUUCGUGUACGGGGGGAUGGCCUCGAUCGUCGCUGAAUUCGGUACUUUCCCUAUCGAUCUGACCAAAACACGUCUCCAGGUCCAAGGCCAGUCGCAGUGUAUGGAAGUCCGCUACAGGGGCAUGUUCCAUGCUUUGCUCAGGAUCGGCCGAGAAGAGGGUGUCCGAGCCUUGUACUCUGGGAUUUCGCCUGCACUCCUAAGGCAAGCUUCUUAUGGGACGAUUAAGAUUGGCACAUACAAUACACUGAAGAAAUUAUUUGUGAGCAACCCUGAAGAUGAGACCAUGGUCAUCAAUGUAUUCUGUGGUGUUGUGUCUGGAGUUUUGUCCUCAUCUUUAGCAAAUCCCACAGAUGUUCUUAAGAUUCGUAUGCAGGCUCAGGGCAGUCUGCUACAGGGCAGCAUGAUGGCCAACUUCAUCAAUAUCUACCAGACUGAGGGCACCAGAGGACUCUGGAGGGGCGUAAUCCCUACAGCACAGAGAGCCGCUAUCGUGGUGGGUGUCGAGCUUCCAGUGUAUGACAUAACCAAGAAGCACUUGAUUCAUUCUGGGUUGAUGGGAGACACUGUUUUGACGCAUUUCAUUUCCAGUUUUGCUUGUGGUCUGGCUGGGGCGCUUGCCUCUAACCCUGUAGAUGUGGUGAGGACUCGUAUGAUGAAUCAGCGUGUGCUCUCUGGGAACCUCUUGUAUAAAGGCACACUGGAUGGACUCAUGCAGACGUGGAGAAACGAAGGAUUCUUCGCUCUCUAUAAGGGCUUCUGGCCUAACUGGCUGCGUCUAGGGCCCUGGAACAUCAUUUUCUUCAUCACCUAUGAACAGCUGAAGAAGCUUCCAUUAUAGCUGCACCAUUGACACUCCAAAUGCUAAAGAAAGUGUGUAUGUGUGUGUGGGGUGGGAGCAAGAAACACCCCACGCCCUUCCUGCCUUUGUCCUUCCUCAAGCAUUAACAAGCACUCCUUCAUCGCAUUACCUGCACGCUGAUUUAAGUCUGAUAGUUUUUGGUGUUUUUUUUUUUUUGCAUAGUUUUGAAAUUUUAAUUUAUUUUGCAUCCAAAGCCUUUUUUAUUUUAUCCAGGCAGCUACAUUUUCAAACAACUGUUACAGUUUGUAAUGAUGUCAGCAAGUAGCCAUGUAUACAAAUGUUGCGGGGAAAUCAGAAACUGGAAACAUCUUCAAACUGAAGAGUAAUUUUAUAUUAACAAGUGCAUCGAGUCCCUUCAGUUUAGUGAUCGGGGCUUGGUAAUGGUUGUGGCAUGGAUUCAGUCAACGGAACAGAACUGGUUACGCAAUGGAUACAAGAGUAUCGAUACUAAAUAUGUGAAAUGCAUUUAGGGUAAAUGCACUCCGAAUAAAUGCUUUUAAAGAGUAUUCUACUCAGAUUUGCUUUAUGCUUUAGUGCUGCACAAUUAUGUUGCCUGUAAUUGCUUAAAAAGACUAAAGCCAAAUUAUGACCCUGCUCUGAACGUUACUGUAGGCAAGAGGAUGGCUCAAUCUAAAUCUCUGGAUCUCUAAAUCUUUGGAAUAUACAUUCUGCUACAUUCAGUCUUAAGGAUAAGUCAAGUUCUCUUUAAGUCAGGUUCUCUUUAAGGACACUUCAGUUAAGUUUAAUGAAUGUUUCCAUUCUAGUGCAUAUAUUGAGUGUAUUAAGUGUGUAAACGAUUUACUGACUAACUUAUUUAUUAAAACAUAAGGAAACUGUACUGCAGUUAAUCAGUAAUUAUUCUUAAUGCAAAUACCUUUGAAACCAGUUAGUUGACUGUAUUGGCUCAUUUAUAAAUAUCACAUCACUACUGUACAUACUCAUACACUGUGGUGUGCUAAACCCCGAUGCACAUCUUAAGUGCAGAACUUUCUUAUUUGAAUUAAGCCUAGGACUGGCUGGAGAUUUAAAUUGGGCCUGUCUGGAAUCUUUUUUGCUCACAUUGUUUCGUUUUGCUAAACUUUUUGUGCUGUGACGUCUGUAGCAUUUUGUGAUUUACACGUUUUGUGUGUAGCAUUUUCCAGAAUAAUCUUUUGGAUCACGCACAGAACUGAGAGCACUGAACGCAGGGUCUUGGCUGUCUUUAUAUAAAGUGUUUGUAUGUAUGGGCGUUUGUUUAUAGACAAGCAUGUGUGAAAUAUAGAUUAGCUGUGGUAAAUUGUACAGAAUUCUGUUGUACAUUAGAAUGUAUUAGUCUGUUCUUUUAGUCCAUCAGAUGCUAAAUUUGUUGCCAAAGUGUACUGUACUGUAAAGAACUGCACUGGUAUUGUUCAAAACAACACAUCAGUACUGUUACAUACUUUACGUUGGUGAGUCCUAAAGAUUUCAUUACUGAGCUUUUUAUUUUAUCUAUAUCAAUGCUUUUAAUAUGCAUUUGUAUUGUAGUUAUGGGUUUGGGUGCUUGUAUUACUUUUCUUUUACACAAGAUUAAAUCAGUAAUACGGAUUUGCUUCCAGAGUCAUUGUGUACAUACAUUUAAUACAAAAUAAAAAAGUAAAGGCUUAUGAGCAAUUCUAAUAGACAAACAGUGGUGGAAACUAGUGAACACAACACUGAGCCUUUUCAUGUCUGUAAUGGUUACACUGAUUAAUAAUUCACAGUCCAGGUUGAAAUAAAGGGUGUGAACUCUGGUAUUACAUAACUUUUGGAAUCUCUUUCCGGUUAUUGCUAUUCUAACUCACACAGGAAAGAGACUUUUUGUGUUCAAAUCCAGGCUUCUUUAGGCCAUGCCACAUAAUUUUAGUUUCGGGUCAGUACCAUUCCACGAACGUCAUGAACAUUUAACCAUGGUUUUGACUAAGUAUUGUGUUUUGCAUCGUCUUUUUUCAUUAUCCAUCUCUUGUAGGUUUGGGUUGAUGGACAGCGGUAGCUAAACCAAAUUUUGUUCAUAAAGUGUGUGUUGCUCAUAAGUGGGCAUUUGUUGUGUACUGAAAUUGCAUGAGUGCUUUUGAUAUGGACUUUUGAAUGUUGUUUGUUGAGUAGGAACAUAGAGGUAGUUUUAAAUGACUUGAUUAAUUACAAAUUUAAGUAUCUCUUGUAGCUCCUUCAUCUAACACUGUCAGCUGAGAAGAGUUUAGAAAUGGUAUAUGUAACUAACUGUCUUGCCCAAAAUAGUGAUGCAAAAAUGUAGUGGUGUUGCAUUGAUGCUAAAAGGCAACAAUAAUAACAAUAAUAACUAAGCGUACAUUUAUUUUAUAUAAAAUAUGAAUUGACGCUAAAAUUACAGGCAUUACUUGGGCAUUCCAAGUGUACUGAUGAUACGAAGCUGUUUCCAAUUCAGUAUUUUGACAAUGUUAUUUGUAUGAUCUACCCCCCCCCCCCCCCCCAUGUUUUUGUUUGCUAUGCAGAGUUUGAGUUUUGUUUCACACAGUAUUAACAAUGGAAAACUCUUUCAAAUGCAGGAAAAACCAAAAACACACUCGAGCCAAAUCAUUAAAAUUUUAUGCCCUGUCCUCAAUACUUAAAGCCUAGUUUUGUUUAUUUCUUUCACUUUGUUUUGUCUGUUUAGCACGUUGACUGAAUUGUUCAUAUUUUAUAUUAGAUCAUUUUUUAAAUGGAAGCACUUUUCCAAAUUAAUUUCAUGUAUGGAUUAUUUGCAAAAUUUAAAAUUGAUUAUGCAUAGCAAUGUUUAAGCUAUGUUUAAGCAGAUGUUAAACAAAUUAUAUUGUCCUUCUAUCAAGCAUAUGGUUUGUUUCUGUUGUACUUCAGAGAACAAAAUCUGUAAACUUUGUUCAGGCAAGUAGAAUAUGAAAAACUGUAUUGGAUCGAGAAAGGAAGCGCCAUGUAACUGCAUGUAAAUGUAGAUUUGGAUCAAGGAAAACAAUGCUUACACAGAUUGUAUUAACUGAUGUAUGACUUUUACUUUUGCUUUAACUCCAGUCAGAAUUAUUUGUUGGAGUACCGUUCUGAUAACUCGCACUCUUUGACCUGGCAGGAUUGUUUGCAUAUUUUAUUUUAACUUAACAUGUUACAACACAUCCUUGCUGAUAAGUUGCAACAAAUGUAAUGACAGUUGGUUAUAUUAUUAAGCUGGCUUUGUUUUUUUAUUGUAUAAAUGUGCACCUGAUAAUAAAAAAAAAGUUUGGUUGGUCUUCA